ACAGAGGGCGGUAUAUAAUAUUAUUAAGACAGUCACUGAUCCCCUUGGCCCUAGCUAGCUGCUUUUGCAUGUGAAAACCAACCAACCGCAGAUGUUAGUUUCCAGUUCACAGAUCCAAGAGAGAGUCUUUUUUAUGGGACCACAUCUGCAGAACAUCAGAUCUGCACAACCUCAGAUCUGCACAUGCACAACCUCAGAUGGCUUGAGGGCCUUCUUGAAUGUUAAACAGUGAGAUUGCAGUGGGCUGAAGAUGGCUGUGAACAUGUGCCGGCGGGACUUUGGUACUGUGGUCACCACAAGCGCAGUCAGUGCUGAUGGGUAUGAGGUGGAGAACCUACUGGGCAAGACAGACAUGUGGGGGCAGCCUAAAGGCUUUGUGGCUGAGUGCUUUAUCAAACCCCCGGUUGACGUCACAUUCAUGUUCCCCUUCAACUUGUGGAUCCAGAAGAUCCUGAUCGACCCCAAAGUCGGGGGUCAAAUGUCAAUAGCAGUCGAGGUGUUUACUGCAUCAGUGUCAAUGCCCCCCUGCCAAGAAGACCGCAGUCAAUCUUCAUUGAAAGGCAAGACCAGGACUUCUAAUUUGAACCAGAAGCCAAACUUGAGAAGCCAAAGUCAAAUGCUGUCAGAGAAAGACAGUGCAGUGUUUUCAAGCAUAGGAAAAGCUUUCUCAGUUGACGGUAAAACAGCAUGUUUCUGUUUUGUCAAUCACAGCUAUCAGCCAAUGUAUCCUCAAAUUGGAAGUAGUGAUGCUCGUCAGGAAGAUACAAAACCGGGUGUGGUCACAAGGUCUUUGCGUUACGCACAGCCAGGUGCUUUGACUAAUGUGAGUCACGUCACGGUGCGAGUCAACCGGGCUGCAAGUGGAUCUGUUGCAAUCAGAAGUGUGCAGAUAUGGGGACAGCCUUCAAUGGUCUGCUCCAAGCCAUCUGUGCAGUGGUUCCUUCAAGUUGCAAAGCCUGUUGAAAAUCCCGAGUUGAACAGAAAAAAAAGUGAACAAGUGGCAGGUUUAAAACAAAAUAGGGCUUGCCGCAGUGCGGCUUCUUCAGGUAGGAAAACUCUUGAAAAUUGUAAAAGAAAUGUAGAUCCUCCUGAUUGCCCUGAAGAGUUCCUGGACCCUAUUACCAUUGAGAUGCUUGUACUGCCAAUACUGCUUCCCUCCGGCCACACAGUGGACAGUGAAACCCUGCGUAAACACGGCGAAGCUGAGGCCUUGUGGGGGCGCCCUCCCAAUGAUCCGUUUACAGGAAUACCAUUCUCAAAGAGCAGGCAGCCGCUUCCAAAUGUGAAACUGAAGGAGAGACUCGACCGUUACCUGUUGAAAGGCGUCGGGAGUGUCGUUCCUUCAGCAAGGGAUGUUGGCAGGUCUGGGGGGAUGGCUUCUGGCAAGACCAUCCCCACUCCAGCAUCGCUGGUCAGAAUGACAAAUCAACAAAGCAAAUCUUCUGGUAACACUAUUUCAAAAGAGCUUCUGGACGCACAACCUGAGAAAAGACAAAAAUUCCAAAGGUCAAGCAGACAAUGCGGCACCAGCAAGACAUCUACAAGCACAUUUAGGAUCCAGCCUGAUCCCAUUGAAAUGGACACCCUCAGAUCUGGAAGAGGUCCAAAGAGAAAACUUAACGACCACAGUUUGGAUGAGAAGUUACUGAGCAAGAAAAGACCCAUUUCUAGUAUGCACAGAGAGCAAAAAGUAUUGGAAUGCGACAAUAAUUGGGCAUCAGCACAAUUAUCCAAUUCACUGCCAUCAUCAUCAUCAUCAUCAUCAGUCGGAGCAGCAGCAGCAACAACAACAACAGCAGCAGCAGCAACAACAGCAGCAGCAGCAGCAGCAACAACAGCAGCAAGAGCUUCAAACAGUUCUCAUGAGGAGUUGUUGUCUCAGAGUCUUGAUACUGCACUGGAAAGUGCCUUGUCAUCCUUACCAUCUUUCAGCAAGCAGCCGACACAACCAUCAAGCUAUCUGGCAGAUAAUUUGUGCCACAAAUGGUCGUGCUCAUCGUGCCAUAAAACACUAGCCAGAAGGGAGGGUUACCAUGUCAACGGGCCCCUGAACAUGUACACAUUGCCGUGUGCCCAUCUCAUGUGCAGGGACUGUCUGUCGCCACGCGAUGGAAAAACAAGCGGGAAAUGCAGUGUUUGUGACAGGAGAUUUCAGCAUUCAGAAGUGACAAAAGUUCAUGUGUAGAACCCUAGAAAUCAACUUGGUUCGUCACUCUAUUGAUGCUUAGUUUUGUCAGAGUUGGGCUGUUUUUGGUUUUAGGGUGGGUUGGGGUUGGAGUAGCCCAACUAUGAAGUACUGUCUAGGAUUGACCCGCAGGAGCUAGGAACAACUACUAUAGCCUUAACAGUCCUGAAUCCUCAAAUUUUAAUACGAUUUUGCAUACCCCUAGGGAGUUAGGGUUAACAGUUCCUGAAAAAAACAAUUCUCUUCAAUUCCAGCACAGCGUUGCUUGAGCCUACUUUGUAAGGUUGCCCAUGACUUUAAACAACACUCAUCAUGGGUGCAUGAUGAAACUGCUUUAAUGUCAUUGAAAUGAAAAUGGAUUUUGACGUGCAGAGGGAUAGAAGGUCUUUAAAGCCGCCCUCAGGUUGAUCUUACAACACAGAACAGUCGACGAUUGACUUUUGAGGAUCAAGCUGCGCCUGAGCUACGACCGCCGGGAACAUUUUCAUGACCUGAGUGUAAUGUGACGAUAUUAAAAGGAUCGCCAUGAUCAGUCAGCGCUCACAAUAUCAACAGCCGCAAGAGUAGACAAAUGUCAGCUUCUGCGCAUCCGGAUCAUCUAAUUGGAUUAUUGUGACAUGAGCAACGUUGUGAUUAUUCUGUGCUCAUCAGAUGCCGCUUGUUCCAUGAUAAUCAUCAGACGAUUUCUCAACUUUCUCAGUAAUCAGACAGAUUUCUCAGUCGUGGCGCAAGCAAAUUACAGGUCAACCUGAGGCCGGCUUAAAGUUGAACAAAAGUAUUGAACUGUGUAAUUUUUUGUUAUGCAAUUUAUAAUUAAGAAAAGAAUGGAAUCAUCGGACACUGUCAAAAAAGUGAAUGUUUUUAAAAUUGCACCAACCACGCUGUGUAAUUUUUGAUCCAAAAUUUAAUUAAGAAUUCGACUAAAAAAUUGAAAUAUUUCUUGUACCACCUCACUGAUUUAUUUAUACCAAGAUGGCUAUUUGGCCGUUGGCACAACAGUUAUUCAAGUGCAUGACUUACCUUAUUUAAUAAAUUUGAAGUAUUUAUUUAUUGAAAUAAAGGACAAAAACAUAUUUUUGUCACCUGUAUGCAACAUUUUUUUAUAUGAAUAAUUUGAAUGUUAACAAAAAUCCAUAAAUACCUAAGCCAGUUUACCCAUUCCUAUGCAGAUAAUGUCCCUCGCCGAAAUCCCUGUCCAGGCCCCUGGCCAGUUUAAACAUACAUGUACUUUGUUUAAAACCAGCCAAGCACAUAUUUACUCCCUUAGUAAAUUAUGCAAGAUUUUCUUCUGGACAAUAUAAUGUAAAACACCCCCCAAUACAUGAACGGUUUUAGGUACAUGUAUAUUGUGCAUGAGUAAGAUUACAACAGAGACUACAGUUGCAAAAUAAGUAAGAUAGCAGUCGCAAUUCCUUUUGCUUUAUUGACAAACAGGUUGCGUUGGAUUUCUCUUAUAA